UGAAGUUAUGCUUGACUUGUCAUGGAACGCUAAUGGCACUGCGUUUUCUGAAAGGUGGCAGAGGCGACCUAUGCAUUGCUUCAUUUGCACCUGCUAGGUUCCUGCGAGUAUUGGAUUUAAGUGAGUGCUUCAUACAGUGUUUCCCAGAUUCCAUUGGCGAACUGAAGCAGUUGAGAUAUCUUAAUGCUCUAGCGAUCAAUGUCAAAAUUGUUCCAGAAUGUAUCACGAAACUCAUCAAUUUGGUUUAUCUCAAUCUUCAUGGAUCUAGUAUUUCUGCCCUGCCAGAGUCAAUUGGAAAACUGGAAAGGUUGAUGCAUCUUGAUAUUUCAAAUUGUGACAAUAUACAUCAAUUGCCAGUCUCAUUCAGGAAUCUAAAAAAAUUGGUGCAUCUGGAUUUGACACGUUGUUGGCGUAUUUCAGAUAUAUCAAAAUGGUUGCAGAACAUGAGCCAAUUGGAUCAUCUGAACUUAUCAGGUUGUGGAACUAUUGGACACCUUACAAGAGCAAUAAGGGGCCUCACAGGACUGGAAUAUUUGAAUUUAUCACAUGCCUCCGCUAAUGGAUUACAACAAGCCCUGGUCAAUCUCACUAAACUCAGGUAUUUAAAUUUACGAGCUAGCCUGGAUGGCCGAUUACAUGAAAGUAUUGGGAACCUAUCCAAUUUAGAGUGCCUAAAUUUAAGUCGGAAUUCUAAGCUGCGUACCAUACCUGAAAGCAUUGGGAACCUCAGAAAGCUCAAUACACUAGACCUCUCCUAUUGCAAGAAUCUACGGAGGCUGCCAGGUAGCUUGUCUGCAAUUAAUAGUCUGAGGUUUCUACAUAUAAAUGAUUGCUGGGAGUUAGAUAAGUCCACUCUGCCUCAGAAUAAGAAUAAUUCAUCCUUGGUACCCAAUUUUGUUGUCCAUGCUGGUGAUGGUGAAUCCAGCAGCAAUCUUCGCGAGCUAAAUGAUAUACAUCUAACCUUUUUGGAUAUAAGCAGACUUGAAAAUGUGAAGUCUGCAGAAGAGGUCAAGAGAAUAAAUCUGGCGGGAAAGAGUAUUGAAAAAUUAAAAUUGGCAUGGACUAGGAAUGCUAAGAGAUUUGGAGACGAUGGGGAAGUUUUAUCAGAACUGGUGCCACCAGCCAAACUACGAUCAUUAUCAGUAGAAGGAUAUAAUAGCAUUAGCUUUCCAUUCUGGCUAAUGAGCAUUGCUACUUAUCUACGCAGCCUGAGUAAUCUUACCCUACGGGGCUUGCCCAGUUGCAACGUCCUACCACCACUUGGUCAGUUGCCAUUGCUCUGCGAGCUGAAGAUCGAUGGAAUGGGCAGCAUUAGGAAGAUUGAUGGGGGCUUUUACUGGGGCAGAAGAGCGUUUCCUCUACUUCGGUACUUUUCCCUAUCCCAUAUGGAUUGCCUGGAAGAGUGGAGCGCGGAGGAUGGUUUGAAUGAGCUCGCGUUCCCACAACUUGGGGAGUUGAGAAUAAAUCGCUGCCCGUUGUUGAGGUUUAAAGCAUGCUCGCCUCCAGGCGUAACAGUGGUCAUAGAUAGUAGUGACCAAGUACUAUUGUCCUCAGGGGAGAAGAACAGAGGUCACGUCCCUGAUGGAAGCGUCGCUCUUGGACUGACCUGCAUCAGUAAGCAAGACCUGAUGAUACACGGGCCCAACCCACGGUUCUUCUACACAAUCCCCACUCCAACCCAUGUGCUUGACGUGACACGCUGUAAGGUGCCUCUGCAUCAGUGGAACUUGCUGCGCCACCUUCCAGGCCUCAAACGCAUCGAAAUUACUGACUGCAGUGAUAUUUCAUGCGGCUCCACAGAUUUUCGUCAAUACAUCUCCCUAGACUCUCUGACUGUGAAACAUGGGCAAAACGGUACUGUGACGCUGCCGGAGAGGUUAGGAUACACCUCUCUUGCGGUAUUCUUUUGCAAAGGCAUCAAGACUCUACAACUACCAGAGAGCUUACAACAACUCACAUGCCUCCGGCAUCUUGAGAUUACUAGCUGUCCCAAACUUGUGGCGCUGCCGGAGAGGUUAGGAGACCUCACGUCUCGUGAAUUUCUGGUUAUACGAUUGCAAGGGCAUCAAGAGCCUACCAGAGAGCAUCCAACAACUCACAUGCCUCCAAUGUCUACAAAUUAGUUACUGUCCCGAACUAGUUCAGUGGUGCAUAUCAUAGGAGAAUAGGAUAAAGCUCGCUCACAUCAAAGACACAAUAUUAGAUGAUAAGCGGUUUUGUGUGACGGGGCAGGAACCAAAACUAAAGAACGAAGGUGGCCCUGAUUCCGACCUGCUCGUGCACAAUCAUGAUGACGCGCUUCUUUUCAGAAUGAAGGUGCCCCGACGAGUUACAAUGAGAGAAAGUAUGAGAAUGAGGCUUCAAAGCAGCAAAGGAAAGUCCUUGAGCUGAUAAGACAUUUUGAAUCGUUAACGGCAAAGGAUGAAAAGAGCGGUGCAAGUGAGGCAGCCCAUGAUGCCAGAGAACUAAAGGACCUGCCAGAGCUGGAGCUGACAUUCAUCCUGGGAACCUGGAUAUGCGGGAUCAACUCUACUACUACGCCAGGACCCAGCGAUACCAGGCGGCGUAAGACCGUGAAUUCUAUUUAUCGGGCGCGUGAUUUCCCGCCGACCUAUCGCAGAAACAGCUGUCGCCCGCACACUCUGCUUUUUCAACCUCGAGCUCGCGAAGGUGGUUGGCGCCGGGGUUAAAGAGGAGGGUUGCUGGGUCUGGGGGUGGGUGAUCUGAGCGGCCGCCGUCGAGGUCUUCGGAGUGGUGGAGGGCGGCAACGGACCUUAGGAUUCGGGGUUCCAAGACUCCAAUGACCACCGAACCUAAAGGAGGGGUCCAGAGGUGGCGGCAGCCCGGCGGUAGUGGUGGGUUGGCUGGCGGAGAGCAAGGAAGCACAGGAGCGCCGACGGCCGGCCGAGGUUGGACAUCCGGAGGGUGGUGGCCGGCGGCUAGGGCGAGAAAAUGGUCGGGGCAGCUGUGGCGGGUUGUGGGCGGGCAGCGCAGCAGCAAGACCCGGGGCGGAGGACGGCUGGCCGGAGGAUGGAAGGUGGA